AACUGAUCUAUUUAACUUAUACUUGAUAUAUUCCGUGUAUAUAUUAUCCAAUGAUAUGAUAUUAAAACAAUAUUAUUUAAUUUGUGAUUGUUAAAAGUUAUUUAUUUGAGUUAUUUUUUCGAUAAAGUAUAUUUUUCUAUUUGAUCAUAUAGAUCUGUAUGCCUUAUGCGCUUCUGUUACUUGAUUUCAUAAGUAAAUUAAUAUAAAGUAUUAUUCAAGUAAAUUUAUUAUAUUUUAUUUCAAUAUGCCUGGUGAACUGACAGCAGAUGUAAUUACUUUAGAGCUUGGAGCUCAGGAACCAUGGCCUCAGUUGAUACAAUUAUAUAGACCAUUUGAAGUAGAGCAAAUAUUAUUGCCAGACAAUGCUAACUGUCUUGCUGUUCAAGCUUUUCUUAAAAUGUGUAAUUUGGAGUUUCAAAUAAAGUCGAGAAGAGAUGCUGAGUAUAUGUCUCCAAAUGGUUCUUUGCCUUUUAUCAAAUGUGGUGCAUUUGUACUAUCCGAGUUUGAUAAUAUAGUGUCCUUUAUUUCAAACAAAGGGACAAGUUUAUCCAAUCAUUUAAAACCUGUAGAUAAAUCAGAUAUGAAAGCUUAUAUUUCUUUAGUCAACAAUGUAUUUGUGAACGCAGAACUUUAUAUUUGUUGGGUCGAUCAAACAACAUUAGAAGAAGUAACUAAACAAAGACAUGGCAGUGUUUAUCCCUGGCCUCUUAAUCAUUACCUGAAUUGGCAAAAACGAAAGCAAGUUAUAAAAAGACUUACUGUACUUGGUUGGUAUAAUAGGACUUUAGAAGAAGUCUCUAAUGAAGUUGAAAAUUGUUGUGUGAUAUUAUCAGAAAGAUUGAAUGGGAGAAACUUCUUUUUUGGUGACAAACCUACAGAACUUGAUGCCUUGGUAUAUGGCCAUAUACAUGCUCUUACCAACUUCCAUUUCCUUCCAUCCACACAAGGAAUUAACACAAUUAUCCACAUAUUCCCUCAACUUAUGGACCAUGCUUAUAAAAUUAAUAGUAUCUACUUUAAUCAAAAGUUAGACCAAACCAAAGAAGAUACACUUGAAGAUGAUUCUAUUAUAAAAGACUUUGAAGUAAUAGAAAAACCAUCAGAAAAUUCUUUGUGGUAUAACUCAGAUUCUCCUGAAUCUCUUCCACCAUUAUCAGAAGAUUCAUUCAUACUAUAAAUAUUGUUCAUAGCUUUUCUUCCCAAAUUAAUUUUAUUUGAUACUGAAAUAAUGCAUGGAAAUUUGCAUGUAAAUAUAUGCAUUUAUUUUUAA